GGCGCCCGUCUCUGUUUUGUCGUUGCGCAUAUAAGAAGUGGCGCCCCCCCCAUGGGAUUGAAAUGCCCCCACCAGCUAUAACAUCCUGCCGCCGGGCCUGUAUCUAUCUAUCAAUCUGUCUAUCUGUCUGUCUGUCUGUCUGUCUAUCUAUCUAUCUAUCAAUCAAUCACAGCAGCUGAUGUCGCGUACAUUGUCAGUUACAGUUGUGGCAUGAAAAGAGCUUGAGAUUAUACACAUGAUGUGUGAAUAACUGAUAAAUGUACUUUCACAAAUAUUUUAUAAUAUCAUAUGAGCCAUAUGUUGCUUGCAGAAAAAGUAUUUCGUUAGAAUACCAUGCUAAGCAGCCAAAGUUGAGUCUUUGGUUGUGCUAUAAAUCCAUUUAGCACCAGUUCAAUGUCUGUAUGAGGCUGACAUCUAGUGGACAUUUCUAUUAUCUGGGAAUUUACAGACACGCCUGUUUUUCCCGUCUCUCAAACACAGAACCAGGAAGGAUCAGUGUAGAGAAAACGAAACUUAAGUGCUGUUGUCCUGUUGCAACUUUAUAUCAGCGCUCACAUGCAGGAAAAUGGCAGAAGCCAGAUUUUCUCAGGAUGAGUUCUUGUGUCCGGUGUGUCUGGAUCUCCUGAAGAAUCCAGUGACCAUCCAGUGUGGACACAGUUACUGUAAGAGCUGUAUUACAGACUGCUGGAAUGAAGAGGAUGAGAAGAGAGUCUACAGCUGCCCUCAGUGCAGACAGACCUUCAGUCCAAGACCUAUUUUAGGUAAAAACACCAUCUUGGUUGAAGUGGUGGAGAAACUGAAGAAGACCAAACUUCAAAGUGCGGUUCCUGCUGGAGCUGGAGAUGUUCAGUGUGACGUCUGUACUGGAAGAAAACACAAAGCUGUCAAGUCCUGUCUGGUGUGUCUGAACUCUUACUGUCAGAAUCACCUCGAACAACAUGAGAGUUUGUUUAAAGGAAAGAGACACAAUCUGACUGAAGCCACUGGACGACUGCAGGAGAUGAUCUGCCAGAAACAUGAGAAGCUGCUUGAGGUUUUCUGUCGCACUGAUCAGAAAUGUAUUUGCUUGCUGUGUUUGGUGGAUGAACAUAAAAACCACGACACUGUAUCAGCUGCAGCACAGAGGACAGAGAAACAGAAGCAGCUGAAGGAGACGCAGAAGACGUUCCAGCAGAGAAUCCAGCAGAGAGAGAAAGAUCUCCAGCAGCUGAGAGAGGCUGUGGAGUCUCAGAAGCGCUCUGCACAGACAGCAGUGGAGGACAGUGAGAGGAUCUUUACUGAGCUCAUCCGCUCCAUUGAGAGAAGCCGCUCUGAGCUGAUACGGCUGAUCAGAGAUCAGGAAAAGCAAGCAGUGAGUCGAGCUGAAGGACGACUGGAGCGACUGGAGCAGGAGAUCAAUGAUCUGAGGAGGAGAGACGCUGAGCUGGAGCAGCUUUCACACACACAGGAUCACAUCCAGUUCCUGCAGAGUUUCCAGUCUCUCUCAGCUCCUCCUGAAUCUACAGACGUAAAUGAUGAUCUCUUCAGUUCUCUCGUCUCUUCUGAUGAUCUGAGAGAAUCUGUUCAUCAGCUGAGAGACAAACUGGAGGAUUUCUGCAAAGAGGAGCUCAAGAAGAUCUCAGACAGAGUCACAUUCACCAGGACCAGGAACCACUUCCUACAAUAUUCCCAUCAGCUCACUCUGGAUCUGAACACAGUGAAUAAAUACCUCCAUCUGUCUGAGAGAAACAGAGUGAUUACUGACACUUACACAGUCCAGCCGUAUCCUGAUCAUUCAGACAGAUUUGAUGAGUAUGCUCAGGUGUUGUGUAGAGAGAGUGUGUGUGGACGCUGUUACUGGGAGCUGGAGUGGAGUGGAGAUGAUGGUGUGUUUAUAUCAGUGUCAUAUAAGAGCAUCAGCAGGAAGGGAGCGGGUAAAGAGUGUGGGUUUGGAUCUAAUGAUCAGUCCUGGAGUUUGUUCUGCUCUCCCUCCAGAUACUCAUUCAUACACAAUAACAUAGAGACUGCUCUCUUUGUGAAGCCCAUCAUCAGGAGAAUAGGAGUGUUUGUGGAUCACAGAGCAGGAACUCUGUCCUUCUACAGCGUCUCUGACACAAUGAGCCUCAUCCACACAGUCCAGACCACAUUCACUCAGCCGCUCUAUCCUGGGUUUUGGAUUCUUGAUGGAUCAGUGAAACUGUGUUGAUGAAUCAAAAUAGACUGACGAUAGAUUCUACCCAUAAUGCUUUGAGCUGCAUGAUAAAUCAGUAACAGUGAGAUGUUAUAGAGUCUCUUCUUUUCUCUUUAUGACAUUAAUACUGCAGCUUUAAUUCUGCCAGCAAAAUAACAUGAAUCAGAAUAAAUGUAAUAAAUCCUCAUAUAGACAGUGUUAGAUUUUGCUGUAUUUGGUUGAGCAGUAGUUUGGGUGGCUCGCUAAUGUACUAGAUUUCUCUAAUACAUAAAAUAAGUAAGCUUGACCAAAGUUCUUGUGGGGAGAAGAAUUUAUUGAAGGUAGCAGUGUAGCAGUUCCUCAGCAGUGAUGUUAGCAUGUCAUCCUUCAAACAAUCUUAACCCAAAGUACCUGUCUGUGAGACCAGACCUUUAUACCUGGUAACAAAUGUGCUACAAACAACACAAUAACACCCCAUGGAGAGCCAAUGAUAGUGUAACCUUAUGAUGUCCUGACAGGAUGGGCCAGUUGGUUCACACUUUAGAACAGUUUAUACAGCUGGCUACAGUUGAUUCAAA